AUGCAGGGCCACGAGGAGGCGGUCCGCUACCUCCUCGGCCGCGGUGCGAACCCGACUGCCAGGAACGUGGACGGCGCGACGCCGCCCGAUGUGGCCGACGACUCCGUCGUUGGCCUCUUCAUCCCCGAGCAGGAGGGCGGCAUCGUCCUGGGCCCCUCCCGGGCGCCCGCGGCGGACGUCGCGCCCGCCGCGGCGGCCGCGCCCGCCGAGGGCGCGGCCGCGGAGGCGAGCGCGGGCGCGGCACCGAGGCGGCG